CACGUGUUUAACAUUGAGUUACUGCAUUAAGAUAUACUUUAAAUCUUAGUCUAAACUUCACUGAAUGGAUAAUUUUAUGUAAAUGGUGAGGCCAUUGAAGGCAUCUACAUAACUUACUGAUGUAGCAAUUGUAGGUCCGUUAACGCAGCAUUUUGACGGGAUUAAAUGUACAUAAUUUACUUAGUCCUUCUACUGCUUGAGUGCCUUGCCACAGUCCGUGCCCUGUCCCAUGAGACCAAUCUACUCCAGCACAGCUACCACUGUCCGUCAAAAUGUGUCCAAGCCAUCAGAUCCUGCACAUCUUGACUUCAAGGGCAAUGUUCCUACGGCCAGUCUUCUUAUACAUGUGCUAUUAGAGAUCUUAUUUUGUCAGUGCAAAACAAAUCAUUGUGUGUAAUAUACCACUUCAUAAUUGAAAUAUCACAAUAUUCAACUUAAUUGUUUGAGGCACAGGAGUGUGUCAUGAUUUCUGGGCUGGAACAAAAGCCUGUGUACUCCAUGGCCCUCUUAAGUAAUGUCAGGAUGGAUGACUUCGCCAACUAACUGAGAAAGAUUGACUUGAAAUGUAAAUGGUACCCGACUCAAUAUUCUCAAUAAUCCAUCAUUUACUUUAGCUUUUUUAAUAAACCAGAAAACAAACCACUAUAUCUGAAAGUUUGUUAGUUACCUGGCUAAUAUUGAUUCUGCUUUGUGACAAACACUGUAAGACUAGUUUGGCCACGCCUUCCUUCACUUAGCCAACACCUGGUGCGACAAAUCAACAGUGAUCAAUUAGUAUGAAAUUAAAUUCAGGUGUGCAGUUUGAUAGUCUCAAUCUCGUACUUAGUCUAGCCAUUGAUACUUAGUCUGAGUGUCCACAGGUGCAUUUAAUUGCUUCCUUUCACAGGUGCAUUUAAUUGCUUCCUUUCACAGGUGCAUUUAAUUGCUUCCUUUCACAGGUGCAUUGAAUUGCUUCCUUUCACAGGUGCAUUGAAUUGCCUCCUUUCACAAGGUAAGUUAACUGGGCUAAAUAGAAUUUUAUCCAACUGCAAAGGGAAUCCUCCAUGAAUGUGAUCAUAGGGGGAUUACCCCAUAACCUUGGGUUUGACAAGUCAAUUCAGGCCCAUACUGUCAGAGGGGGGCACAUGGAGUGAAUCUCUGAAUCCCAGAACUAAUCAUAAUAAUAAUUGUGUCAAAUGCUCAGUUAGGUUCUGGGGGGGAAUUUUCUGAAAAAAAUAUUAGAGACAGUAAAGUCUCCACCCUCCUAAACGGAAACUUUACAUGGAGCAAAUGCAUCGCAUUACAUUUUCAGCUGCAGGUAGUACUGGAUUUAUGAUGGGGCAGUUUAAGGAAUUACAUUCCAUGAGGGCAACAUUACAUUUUCAAGUUAUCUUUGAAAAAGUGUACUAAUGUCAUUACAGAUUCUUCCAACUCAAUGGGGUUUAUUUUAUUGCUUUAAAAAACAAUCUUACUGGCUCUAAGAGCUGUCCUAAAUUUGUCAAGAUGACAUGGCUAAGAUGGCAUGGCACUAUGCAAGGUUAUUUGAUUGAUUUUGUUUUCAUUCCUAUUUUGACGAGGCAGUGGUAAGUAUAUGCAGAACUUACCACUUAGUUGGCUAUAGCCUGGAAACCUGAUGUUUUAUUUAAUGGAAAUCUACAUUGGGCAUAAAUUAGUGUUUGGAUCAGGAAAGUUUCCUCUCACGACCUCUACAAGCCAGAAUGUUGAAUAAAAUUGUAGUUGUCCAUGUGGUUGGUCUGUUUGCAGGUAGGAAUGAGAGACGAUAUCUACAGGAAAGUAUAGUUUAAUCUACUUUUCAAAGUGCUGGCAGAAUGUUCAGAUUUUUCACCUGAAGCAUGCACAGAACCAUGUAAGCAUGAGCCUGGCAAGUAUGCAUGCAUACAUGUAUUUUCAUCUUGUGUGCGUGCUUCAAUGAAAUUCAACGUCAGGUUUCCAGGCUGUUGGCUAUUGCAAGUGAAGGGUAGAGUUCUUGUAUCCUUCCUUCUCUCCACCCUGCUGCCUGCAGGCUUGGAGAAACUAGCAGCCUCUGUGAAUGCUGCAAGGUGACAUGAAAGGUCAAAAGCGGUGUGGGAGGAGCACCCUUCUCAAAUGGAACAGUAGUCUGGGCUGCAUGCUCAUGCUGUCAACAUAGCAGCAUGGUGCAUCGUUCAGAAACAUCUUUUGCAUGAAACGUCAUCAUUUUCAAACUAGCUUUCAUUGGGAAGGCAGAUAGUGUUUAGAUAUAUAUAUAUUUGCAUGUGAAAACAGAAUCCUACUCAUUACUUCACUUGCUUAACCCAUUUUUUGUUUGUUUUUGAGCCACCGUUGGGCAGAGCAGGGCACCUGGCUCACGCCCAGGAGGCAGCCCCGUUCCAAAACAAAUGCAAUCGCUUUUCACCCAGUGCAAACACCUCCCACCAGGCCCUGAAACCCAUCACUGAAUCAAUCACCUGCUUGAGUUGCCUGGCAGGCUUUGCACUCUACCAAUCAGAGUUGACAGGGUGUAAAGAGGAGGAGGAACAGCUGCAUGAUUGUGGGUGUGUCCUAUCUUGGACUUCAACAAUAGUGUACGGGAAAGUCAAGCAUGGAUGUUGCUGUCGCAGAGGAACCCCUGAGGAAAAUUUUCAGAGCAAAAAAGACUAUGAAAGUCAGCGAUCGACAGCAACUGGAAUCGCUUCACACCACUCUCUCCUCUCCAUGUUCUUUGCCAUCCCCACCUCAGCUAGUAAUGGUAAAUGGGAAGCACUGUGAAGAUGUGUCUAUGGAAGUAGAUAAAGAAAUACAUGGAACUACACAUUCCACCACUCAUGCCCCUUCCUCCCUGACGGCCACAUCCCUAACCACUGAGACCUCUGAGGAACCAACAGACUCUGAAUUACUGGUUUCUUCAUCACAGAACAUACACUCUGAUGUAAAAUAUGUUCAGGAAGAAGGAGAGGGGGACAAGGUGUCUACAUUACCCAGCCUUGAGGUAGAAGACAAAAUGAAUGGACUGGGAAAGGUGGAUAGAAAUUCCAAGGAGGAUGUUAUUGUUUCCUCUCCCGUGAGUUCAGAGAAAGCAGUAGCAGUAAGAGAGCGUGAGGUUGAUGGUAUGGAAGUAGACCUGGUACCAGGUACCACUCCGGACACAGUGCCCAUAUUGAACCCUGCUGCCUCCCUCCUCCUGUCCUCCAACACUGCUGUAGAGUCUGUCUCUUCCCCUUCGCUCUCCCCGUCAUACACGGCAGAGUCAGACCAGGAGGUCAGGCCAGGGUUCCUGGUGCUUAGUGAAGAUGAUGAUGUCCAGGAUGAGAGUGAUGAAGAGGAGAAAGAGGAGGAACAGAGGGAAAGUGAAGGAAAGGUAGAAAAAGUUGAGGUUAACAUGGAGAAGCCAGAACAAUUUGAAAGUGGUGCUCCAGUUGACUGUCUGUCCCCUUCAUCACCAACGCCCCUUCAGAUUGAUGAAGAGGAGGGUGCUGCUCUACAGACGAAACGAUCCUUGUCUGGAGACUCGGAGGCUGGUGGUCAAAAGCAGGGAGAAAGAGACUUGGAAGUGGUGGAGAGGCAUCAUAAGAGGCCCAGAGUAGACUGUGAGGAGGUGGAGGCUCAUGUGGAGCUGAAGAUCAGUGGGAGCGCAGAAAGGCAACACAAGCUAAAGAAGGUGGUGCAGCAGCUUGUUGAGGAGCAGUUGUGUGUUCUGCAGCUCACACUAUUUGACAAGAGUCUUCAGGGGCUCAGAGACAGACUGGACAAAAUAGAAAAACACCCGAGUGCACUCAAGAGCCUGCAGGCAAAGAUUGGCCGACUUUCUAAGAAAGUUGGAACUGCCAUCCAGGCCAGGGAGAAUGCCAAGAAACCUCCAGAGGUACUGUUGCCACCUACCUCUACUCAUGCCACAGCAACCACCCCAGCAGGAUCAGGAAUUCUCGGCCUGAGAACAAUGGGGAACAACAUACCGGAUCCAAAGCGUAAUGAUCAGAGCAGUCAAACCCCUACUCCUGUACGUACUGAUCAGGGCUGUCAAACCCCUAGUCCUGUACCCACAGCCCCCUUGCUACCUUCCCCCUCUUCCACAGCCUCAGCCGGAUCUCAACCCACAUCCCAAACCUUGAUGCUGAGCACCCGUGUUACCCCAGCACCCGGCCCGUCCGCCUUCCCUCUCCAGUCAUUCCUCAUACAGCUUCCUGGUGGAGGGACAGCCAUCCUUACCAACCCAACCAACUCCCAGCUAAUCCCAGUGUGCGCACUUCCCGCCAUGACGAGUUCCACUGUGACACCCACCACUGCCUUCCUCCUGCAGAGGACUACUCCCUACACCCCUGCUGCUCCCAAGCCCCCCUCGGCUUCUGCCCUCUUAUCUCAUUUCGUUGCCACACCCACAACCACGACUACACCCACUGACUCACCAGCUGCCACAACGUCCCACAUAACCACACCCAUAACCAUGCCCAGGGCCACAACCACACCUUGGGCCACAACCAUAACCACACCUUGGGCCACAACCAUAACCACACCCAGGGCCACAACCAUAACCACACCUUGGGCCACAACCAUAACCACACCCAGGGCCACAACCAUAACCACACCCAGGGCCACAACCAUAACCACACCCAGGGCCACAACCAUAACCACACCCAGGGCCACAACCAUAACCACACCCACACACAGGGCCACAACCAUAACCACACUCUGUGCCACACCCAAUAUCUCCCACCCUGGAGCCACUGGGACAGUCGGCAGGCCCAGUUCCAGUGUCUCUGUCUCCGUCUGUGAGUCCAUUCGGCUUGUGUCUGUGGCGAACUCCACUUCAUCCUUACCAAGAUUCUCAAUGCCAGCCACCACAGGCACUCAACCCUCUGUGCGACCAGCUGCCUCUGUGCAUCCAGCUGCCUCAGCACAACUAGCUGCCCCUGUACCACAGGUGCCUGCAAAAACAGGUAGUGAAUCUACAAAUACUCCUUCAGACUCCACGCAGCCAUCUCACCCUGCCAAAUCAGAAGCAUUCAUAGACCUGACAGAGGAGGAGGAUGAUGAUGUUCUAGUUACUGGAGUGCUGAAGGCUCCGAUGGCUUUGAAGGCCUCACCCUCGCCUUCAACAGCGGGUCAGCGAACAACAGCCACACAGCAAACAGCCACCUCCACUUCAGUCGGCACACAGGCCGUGAGGUCAUCUCUUGGUCAUACUUCAGCUGUUGGAUCUCCGCAUGCUGUUUAUCAUCGCCCCCUGCAGGGCUCCCCAUCUGAAAGUAUUGCCUCCGCAACAACCACUUCUUCAUCUUCCAUACCAUGCUCCCAGCCCUCUCCCUUUCCCCCCUUGCCUGUCCCACCUCAAACUAUCAGCCUGCCCCUCGAAGCGGCCAGCACCAGCCCUCCACAGCAGCCUCUGCUCAAAAUAACCCGGGUCCCGAGCCAGAAUGACGGCAUCGUGCUCUCCUGGUCUGUGAUUGAGGUAGACAGGAGCUGUGCUGCCGUGGACAGCUACCACCUAUACGCCUACCACCAGGACCACUCUGGCCCCAGCACACACACCCUACUCUGGAAGAAGAUAGGGGAGGUGAAGGCCUUGGCUUUGCCCAUGGCCUGUACACUCACACAGUUUGUCUCUGGCUCCAAGUACUACUUUGCAGUCCAUGCCAGGGACGUGUUUGGCCGCUUUGGACCAUUCUGUGAGCCUCAGUGCACUGACGUCUUAACGUCCCCUUCACCAAAAGCUCCAAUUUAACCAAAUGUUAAGAUUUAAGAUUUUGUGUCAAGUCAAAACGAGGAGAAAUAUUGAUUCUGUAGAUUUAUUUUCUUUCUUCUGGUAGCCAAAGUGAAAAGUUCAGUAAAGCUUCUGGCAAAUCUAAUUGCUCUAUUUUCAAAUGAAUGUGUGUUGGUAUUUUUUUAAUCAGAAUUUUGCACUCAAGUCAUAUUUGAGCCUAGGUGUUUACAAGAGUGACUUAUCAUUGGAAUGUUACUGGAAAAUGUUGUUGCCCAUCCUGGUGAAAUGGGUUGGCCCCAUGUGACCACUGUCUGCCUGCCGUGUGUUUGACCACAUGGGUGCAGCAUUGUACCAAAAUGGUAUCUUUGACACAGGACGAGAGGAUUUGAAAAUCAAACCUGAAAUGGCCUGGUCCCGUUUCUGAAAGAUUAUGGAUAAAGUAUUCUUCUCCUAGUUUCCUGAAGGUAUUUGAAAACUCAAACUUUUUAUUGCAAUUGUCAGUCUAACUGAAAGAACAUACUAUGAAGGCCAGAAUGACCAUGUUAUUAUAUGGUAAUACACAGUAGUUUUGCGUCUCAUGAGACAUGAACCUGCCAAAGCCUAUGUGACCUCUUUUCCUCCUGCUCAAAUCCUGCCACUGGAGGACAUGUUCUACAGUUAAAUGAUAAAUGAUCUAGGGCCUCCUGUGUAUGUGUGCACAUCCUGUGGCAUUUUUUUUCUAUAGAUGUAAUUGAAUGUUUUUUGAACCUUUUUUGUAAUUUGACUUGAACAGAACUAGUCAUGUUUUCAUAUUGUCAAACAAAUAACUUCAAAAAGUAGGCUACCUGCGUGUGUUCGUCUAGUCCAAAAUUAUUCCAGCAUCCUAACAUUUGAUGAGUAGAUGAAUGGGAAGAGACAUCUGUUACGAAACACCAAAAAGUGUAAUGACAUUCUGUGAUUUUCAUUAGGUCUACACUCUUAUAGCCUGAAUUAAUUGAUGCGUCUUUGACAAAAGGACCUUUUUUGUAGAACGAAAAGUUGGGACGCCUGAAAAGGGGCUGAGAGAUGGGACUGUCCCGGGAUGACAAGUGCAGCCACGUGGAUAUAUAUAUUUUAAACCAUGACCGGCGGGGGUGUUCGUUUUAUUUUAAUAUUUACCUCUGUCGCAGUACAAAUUGCAUUUUAAAGAAAUAAUAUAAUUGUUCAAUUAGUAUUAUUUAGAGACCCUGCAUUUAGGGGGCCUCAUGUCUCAUUCAGGGGUCCCCCCUGGACCCAAUGUAAUUCACACACUGUCUGCUGAUCGCUUUGUCUGAUAGUCUUAAUGGCUGGUUACAAACAUGUAAAUAAAUGCAUUGGACUUGACAACAGAUUGACCGAAAGGUGAAGUACCAAGAAAUAUUCAGACUAUUGUAAUUGUUCAUUAAAAUGUUUAUAAACUA